GACUGACAACCUCCCGCGCUAGCCACGCGUGAGUAUCGUCCUUCUGAUCGGCUGCGUUCAGCCAGGCUAACGAAUACUCCAGCAAUUUACAUAUCACCGGGAUAAUCAGCUCCAUCAACCGCCAUGCCUCCCAAGAUCGAUCCCAACGAGGUCAAGGUCAUCCACCUUCGUGCCACUGGUGGUGAAGUCGGUGCCUCCUCCGCACUCGCCCCCAAGAUCGGUCCUCUUGGUCUCUCGCCCAAGAAGGUCGGUGAAGAUAUCGCCAAAGCCACCGGUGACUGGAAGGGUCUUCGCGUGACAGUGAAGCUCACCAUCCAGAACCGUCAAGCCGCCGUCUCUGUCGUUCCCUCUGCCUCUUCCCUCGUCAUCAAGGCCCUCAAGGAGCCCCCGCGUGACCGCAAGAAGGAGAAGAACAUCAAGCACACCAAGAGCAUCCCUCUUGAUGAGAUCAUCAGCAUUGCCCGCACCAUGAGGUUCAAGUCCAUGGCCAAGGACCUCAAGGGUACCGUCAAGGAGAUCCUCGGAACUGCUUUCUCCACCGGCUGCCAGGUUGAUGGCCGCUCGCCCAAGGCCGUCUCUGACGACAUUGACUCUGGCGAGAUCGAGAUCCCCGAGGAGUAAAAUUUUCGAUUGGGAAACGAUGUAUGAAGGCAUAUGACGGGCAAUCCAUGAUAUAGAGUACUAUGUAGCUCAAUGCGGAACAUGUACUCAAAUCCAAGGCGCAUAUUUCAGUGCAUUGGUAGGAUAGGCACCGCUUCGGCGUUGGGGGCUUUCGAUACCACAAAAAGUAUCUGGAUUUUGACUUUGCAUAAAGCAAUGAACGCUCCGUGCCAUGCUAUCUUUGUG